AUGAGUGCCAAAGUUAAUCGUUCCGGCUCCUUGACGGCAGACGAGCACCAGCAUCAGUCCGUUGGGGACUGGCGAGCAGUCACACCCUGUCGAUUCUUCCUGACGGGAUCGUGUACAAAGGGAACCUCGUGUCCCUUUUUGCAUGAUGUCAAAUCAUCGAAUAAUUCAGAUGCGGACCCCCAAGAGCCCAAACAGACCCGUAUAAAUAGCAGAUUCACAGUCGACUCUGGAGAUUCGAAGCCCAUUUGCAAGUAUUACAAGAUCGGAGUUUGCAAAUAUGGAGCAAAGUGCAUAUAUGUCCAUGACGAUGGACAGCUCCCCCAGAACGCGGCUGCUGAACCACCAGAGGAUGAAGAUAAGAAAGACGACUUCACAAGAACCAUCGGCGGUGCAUUCGUCCAGUUCGACGCCGGUGCUCGCGUAUCCAAGAUCCGCCUGCCUGGUGACUUCUCUGCUGCUCGCAUCAGCGGAUUACGGCAAAAUACGUCGAAAGAAUCGGUUCGAGAUAUGCUAGCUGAAAGAGGUUUGCACGUCAGCGUCGACGAUAUUUGCACAUUUCACAUGGAAGGUAGUUACGGAGCAACUGUCAGAUCGGACGAUGCGUCGUUUUCAAAACGGCUCUGUAGUCUCGUUCAACCCGGCUGCACAUGGGGAGGAUCGAAGAUAAUGGUCACGCCUAUUGCCGCGCCCAUGCCCUCUGGUCAUAACGCUCGACGCGUAGACUGCAAAAAGGUCCAUGUUUCUUGGCAUAAAGCAGUCAAGAUUGUCUGGUUGAACUUUGGCAACGGAGAUAUCGCCCGCCGUGUGAGUGACAUGUUCUCAAAGGGGACAUAUAGGGUCUUGGACCAGAGAGUCACUGCUUCUGCAGCUACCAGAGCCGAAUCCGUCAUACCCUCGCGGCCAGCCCGUGGGAACCAUGUUGCCUGGACUGUUGUAUUGACUGAUGUCCCGGCUGCCGCACAGGAGCGCGACAUUUUGCGAGCCAUCACGCAUGAGCGGAACAAACCUCACCAUGUAGAGAUGGGGGCCCCAACGUACUCAACAGACGAGGAGGAGGCUUGGGCGUUGAUACGUUCUCUCUUAACAAAUAUCGGACCCCUGGAGUAUUGUGACCCCCCCUUGGAGACGAAUGCAAAUUCCAGGCGGGUGAAGGCAACGGCGUGCUUCCUCGAUGAGGCUGACGCUCGCAGAGCUUCCAUGGAGCUUGGCAAAAUGGAACUCCCUUUCCAUCGCAAGGCACGGUUAACUGUGCAGAUGGUGUACUCGGCCAAGUUCAAGGUCGCCAUCAACGUUUUCGACGCUGUGCAAUCUCGAAUCGUUGCCCAGCAGACAACUUGGAAAGACAACAUUUCCUUCAGGGCCUACAAGCCCACAGGCCCUCUGCAACGGUUCAGAGUUUUGAAGAUUGAGGGCGAGUCGGCAGAAAAUGUAGUCAGUGCCAAGGCUGACCUUGAAUCGAUCCUUGCUGGUGCCGUCGCGACGGACAACGACGCCACCCUCUGGCAUUCUUCACUCAAGACCAAUGGGAAGCUUUUCCAAGCGAUCAAGACACUAGAGAAAGAACUUUCAGUAACCAUCCUCCGGGACAAGGUGAAAUCCGAAUUGCGCCUCUUCGGAGCCCAGCGGCGUUGUGAAGACGCGCAGCGUCGACUGGCUCAGCUGAUACGCAUGGAAUCAGGGUCAAAUUCCUCUAGAGUCAUUGAGCUUGAACCCCAGAAAUUCUUUUGGGCUUGCCACGGGGGUUUCAGAACAAUUGCCGGCCAACUCGGUCAAGAAAAGGUCCUGUUUGAUAUCAUCUCCACGCCAAAGAAAAUUAUUGUCUCUGGUUCCCUGGAAGAUUAUAGUCUGGCCGUAGCAAUCAUGGAAGGCAGAAAACAGGUCUCAGAGCAGCCAAAAGCCCAUGACACCGCGCAGGAAUGUUCGGUUUGCUGGACCGAGGCCGAUACUCCUGUCAAGAUAAAGUGUGGACACAUUUAUUGCUUGGAAUGUUUUGAAGACAGUUGCACCAAAGCAAACACCACGGCCGGGGAGUUCAUGAUCCUGUGCCAUGGCAACCAGGGCAACUGCAGGAGCGUCAUGGCAGUUGAGGACCUGCAGACAUACCUCUCCUCGGCUGCACUCGAGACCGUCCUUGAGCUGUCCUUUUCGUCUCAUGUAAAGCGUAACCCAAACACGUUUCGCUACUGCCCCAGUCCAGAUUGCGACUUUGUAUACAGGACCUCGUCGGCUGCCAGAACGCAGAACUGCUCCAGCUGCCUCCGGCCUACAUGCUCUGCGUGCCACGAGCCGCACAUUGGCAUGUCGUGCGCGGAGCAUCAAGACCUGAAGUCGGGGGGGUUCGCAGCGUUUAUGAAACUCAAGAAAAAGCUGGGAAUCAAGGAUUGCCCAAAGUGCGCAACUCCGCUUGAGAAGGUCUCGGGAUGCAACCACAUGACGUGCGCGGCCUGCAAGGCUCAUAUAUGCUGGGUGUGCUUGAUGACAUUUGCAAAUGGCCCGGCCGUGACAAAGGGACGCCCAUUCGAGAUUCUCGAGGUGGAGGAGCCCGAUGAAGAAUUCUUCGAGCCCCCUCCCAAGCGCGUUGACAGCGACCGGCCGGUACGGAGCUAUGCCAACUAUUUGUUGGCGAAUGGGGGCGUUAUUCUGCCUCAGUUUGGCGAUGAGGCCCACGACACGGCAGCCAUUCGUAUAGCGCAGAGGGCUUUUGGCGACGAGAGGAGAAUUUGCCCUGUUCUCAUUGAGGAGCUGACUCUUCGGGGUGGCGGUAUACACUGUCGCGCUCAGGAAAUCCCCAUGUUGCCCUGA